UCUAAGAACUGAUUUCACGUUCAUUAGUAUCAUUUUCAGUUUCUGGGUUAAUUACCAGACACUGAGCUCCUCAGCUGCCACUUCCUAUUACAUGUUUCUUUAUAGAUCUCGAACAGCUGUGAGAGCCACCAAAGAAACAAUCACCGGCCUAAAUAUGGAAGAUAAUUCAGUGCACUGUGGCAAAGAAAUGUGUACUAGAGAUGGCACAGACGGUUCUUCUCACAUGGUAGGAAAAGAAAAUACAGGGCCAACCGUCAAUAUGGAUAUGCCAAAAUAUAGAAACAUAGAAUACUCUCAGAAUGUACUCAACUUGAAGUCUUUCAAAAUCGUCGAGCCUCGUGAAGGAAUGGAAUUCGAAUCGAAGGAGAAUGCUUUUACAUUCUACAAGGAAUAUGCCAAAUCAUUUGGUUUUUGUGUUAUAAUAAAGGCUAGUCGUAGGUCCAGAAUAUCUGGAAAGUUUAUUGAUGCAAAAUUUGCCUGUACUAAAUAUGGAGACAAGAGAGAAUCUGGUGUGGUUGAGGUUUCAGAUCCUGUAACAAAUUCAAAUAAUGGCAUAGGUGUUCAUGGGAAGAAAAAACGAGGUAGAACCAAUCGGUCGUGGGAGAAAACCGAUUGCAAGGCUUGUAUGCAUGUCAAGAGAUUGCAAAGUGGAAAAUGGGCAAUUCAUAGUUUCAUAAAGGAGCAUAAUCAUGAAGUUUUUCCAGAUGAAUCCUAUUAUUUUCGUGGUCACGGGAACUUAGAAGUCGGUAGCAGUAACACUGAUGUCUUGCAUAGCAAUAGAGCAAGAAGAAAAAGUAAGCUUUGUAUGAAGUCCAAGCUGUCUGGAGGUUGUACAAUAGCCAAGAAGCAAAACGUUGCUGCCAUUGAUCAAGUAUGUAAGGCGCGACGUCUGGCUAUAGACGAAGGCGAUGUUCAAGUUAUGUUAGACCAUUUUGUUUGUAUGCAAGAUGAAAAUCCUAACUUCUUUUACUCUAUUGACCUGAACGAAAAGCAGUGUUUAAGAAAUGUGUUCUGGGUUGAUGCAAAAGGCAGACUUGACUAUGCCAAUUUUGCGGAUGUCGUUUUCUUCGACACCACGUACAUUAAGAACGAGUAUAGAUUAUCAUUUGCACCUUUUAUAGGCGUUAAUCACCAUUGUCAGUUCGUUUUGCUCGGAUGCUCAUUGGUUGCUGAUGAGACCAAGUCUACAUAUGCUUGGCUGAUGCGGGCAUGGCUUAGAGCAAUGCAUAAAUGUCCUCCAAAAGUGAUCCUCACCGUACAAGAUGAAGCCCUUAAGGAAGCCAUUGCUGAGGAAUUGCCUAAUUCUUUCCAUUGUUACUGUUUGUGGGACAUUUAUAGCAAGAUUCCAGAAAAGCUUAGUCAUGUAAUGAGACAACGUGAAAAUUUUCUAUCGAUGUUCGACGAGUGUGUUUUUAAGUCUUGGACAAUCGAAGAGUUCGAAAAACGGUGGCUAAGAAUUGUUGACAGGUUCGAACUAAGUCAUGAUUCAUGGUUUAAGUCACUGUACGCAGAUCGUAAUCGAUGGAUACCUGCGUGUAUGAAAAACAUUUUUCUGGCAGGGAUGUAUACACGCCAUAGGCCAGAAGGUAUCAACUCUUUUCUUGACAAGUACAUACAGAGAAAAACAUCACUUAGGGAAUUCUUAGACCAUUAUAGAACAUUUGCACGAGAUAAAUUCGAAGAGGAAGGAAAAGCAGAUUUAGAAACUUUGCAUAAACAGCCAGGAUUGAAGUCUCCAUCUCCUUUUGGGAAGCAAAUGGCUGGAUUAUACACGCAUGCAGUAUUUAAAAAGUUCCAAGUGGAGGUUUUAGGAGUAGUUGCUUGUCAUCCAAGAAAGAUAAGCGAAGAUGGAGUGAUAAAAGUUUUCAGGGUUCAAGAUUUUGAGAACAACCAAGACUUUCUCGUGGAGUGGAACGAAGCAACUUCGGAUAUCUCCUGUUUAUGCCGAUCGUUUGAAUUCAACGGUUACCUCUGUCGACACGUAAUGAUUGUUCUGCAAAUCUCUGGUAUACAUAGUAUUCCUUCUCAAUAUGUAUUGACUCGUUGGACAAGGGAUGCAAAGAGUAGACAACAAACCCGGAAAGGAUCUCAUGUCGAGUCGAGAGUACAACGGUAUAUCGAUCUUUGUCAGCAGGCGUUUAGAUUGAGCAAUGAAGGGUCCUUGUCCCAUGAGAGUUAUAACGUUGCUUUUGAUGCUUUGGAAGAAGCUUUGAGGAAAUGUGAGAGUUUGAAUGUCUCAAUCCAACCAUCCGUUGUAGCUCAUAGUAGUAGUAGCCAUGAAUCAGAAGAGGUAAACCAGGGUAAGAACACUAACAAGGACAAUAAAAAGAACACGACCAACGUAAGCAGACAGGAUUGUUUUGAACCAGAAAUUAACACUGUCAAGAUUCAUGAUGGCUGGCAACAAUUGGCACCAGCCCUUCACUACCCUGAUGAACAGGGGGGCUCACAAGGGGUAGUACGGCUCACUCUCGACGCCCUCUGAUACUACUUGAAAUAUUUGAUACUGUUUAAAAUUGUAUCAUUUAUAUUCCUAGGAACAAAGGAGCAGAAAAGCUCCAUCUCUUAACAAUAGCUUAUGCAUGGAAUGGUAAGACAAGAUUUGAUUGUGUUUCAGACAAGACAACUGCUUUAGUCUGCAAGUGUCCAAGGAUCCUUGUUUGUGUUGUACUAGGAAAAAGACAGUUCUAUCGCUUCUAGUCGCGAUGGUUGUUUCGAGCAUCGACAUAGCAUACGAGGGGCAGGGAAUUGAUUCAUACGACCUCUGCAUGGAGUUGUAAGAGAUGUUUGAAUAUCAUCUAUUCCACUUUUACUGACAUUAUUAGUUGAACAAAACAAACAAAACAUCGACUUGUAGGAGCAAUUGAACUUCAAACACGACACAGUUACGGGUCGCUUUGACCUUCAAGUUGGUCAACGGGAUAUGGACCCAUCUAACACGGAAUCCAAAGAAGUUCAUGGCAUUUCAUCCAAUCAAUACAAUUGAAAAUCUUUUUCCAUAGCCGAUCAUCUACAGCAAUAACCAUCUUUAGUGUACAUGAAUCCGAACCCAAACGUGAAAUCUUAGUAUCAACUGUUCGAGUAUCAUACUCCUUCCAUUUAUUACUUGUCAUGACAAAAGUGGAAACUACCUAAGAAGUAAGAAUAUAGAUAUAAUACAACACGAACAGUGUUCAUAUAUCUAACAUAUUAUUUUUCAUA